AUGUGGAUUUGGAUGUGGAUUUCAUUUUUCAAAACCAAAAUCAGCUUUGGUGGAUUUGGGAUGGAUUUGGGAUGGAUUUCAGCUGGUCAAGUGGCAACAUUCGGCAAGCCAUCAAAUAUCCCUGCUGCUCCCAUCAAGUAUACAAUUACCCUUCCAUCCAAGUGUCGUACUCAGGAUACUCCUACCCGACAUCAUGCUCAGGAUACUCCUACCCACACCAAAUCAGCAUCAAAGAAACAUAAAUCUGUACACGACAUGGCCAGAGAGAUUGCUGAUGCUGAGUGUAAGGCUCAUCUACUCAUGAAUGAGACUAAUGCCAAGGAAUGUACUGCUCGCAAGCAAAUUAAGUGUAGGUCUGCUUUUGACACUGCCCUUGCUGUCGAGUGUAUGCGGGUAGAGCAAGCUGCUGCUCAGUAUCUCCGAGAGUACAAUGUGCCUACCACACCAAGCAAAACUUCGCUGGUAGUAGGCAUUGGGUCAUCAUCAGAUUCGCCAGAGGAAUCAUCGGAGUUUGAAUCAGAAGAACCAGAGCUAGAAGAAGACAUGGGAUCAACAAGAAUGUGGGAUUCUACCAGAAGAGCUGCAAUGUAUGACUCGAGCACUGAUUCAGCAGCCUGCUGGCGCUCAGUUUGA